CGUUGCCUGAAUUCCCCGAAGGAGCUGGUGCGGUUUGCCUCGGAACAUUGCAGCCUCCCUAGUCUCUACUGCGGAGUAGGGCUUAGUGCCAACAGUCAAGUCGAUCAAUCGUGGUCGAUUCAACCGAGCAAGGGCUUGCCAAUGUGUCAUCCCUGCACAGUCUGUUCAAAGUCAGGGAAUCCGACGCCCGAGCAAUUCACCAGCACAGCGCCGCUCAAGCGACGCGCAUGUUGACAUGUCAAGCAAGGGCGGUUGUCCGCUGGAAAGCAACAGCCACCAUUCAGCGGAAUCGGCCCUAUCGUGAAUCCAUUAGUCAAGGGAUGGAUCAAGGGAAAUGCGGGAUAUUUCAAUCGGGUCGUGAUCGGCGCGCGGCCCAUUCAACGUCAUGCCGUCGAACCUUGACCAAGAGUGACAUAUAAAAGACGUCUUGUCACAUUCCCCUCAAACCUUCCAUCCACACGCACCUCCAUCAUGAAGAUUCUCACUCUAUGGCUAGCUUUGGCCGGCGUGGGCAUGGCUGCCCCGCGAGGCACGUCCACGUCUGCAGCAGCGGCUCCGACAGGCACAGCAUAUGCGUUCGGGUUCGACAUGACCAAGAGCUGGGCUAACCUGUCUCCUUACAAGAACGCGGAGAGUUUCGGUGUGCCUAAAGGGGUGCCGCAGGGGUGCGAACUAUCGCAAGUCCACGUGUUGCACCGCCAUGCGGAGCGUUUCCCUACCAGCAACCCGCUCGACGGCAAAGGGAUGAGCGAUUUCGCGUCGAAGUUGGUCAAUUACUCCAAAGAGCACUCCUCCAAGGAUGUGGCCAGCGGACCCCUCAAAUUCCUGAACAACUGGGAAUACGUCGUGGGCGAGAACACUCUCAUGGAGAACGGGGCAGCCACCGAGGAUACUUCGGGGGCCAACUUCUGGAUCAAAUACGGUCGGCUGUUGUAUCGCGCCGAUCGGGAUACUGUCGCCGCUUGGAAUGAAUCGCUCAAUGUGUUUGAGAACGGCACAGCACGACCAAAGCCAGUGUUUCGGACGACCUCGCAGGGACGCAUCUUCGAGAGUGCGAAGUGGUGGCUCAGUGGAUUCUUCGGGAAUAGCAGUGCCCAUAAUUCGGAGGACCAGUACGACCUGGUUGUUAUUCCUGAAGGAAACGGGUUUUUCAACAACACCUUAGCGUCUUACGACUCAUGCCCCGGGGAUUUGACUGCUGGCGAUCGAUCUGCCAAGACGUUCAUUCAAAAGUAUACGAAUGACGCAGUUCGCCGUUUGUCGAGCCACUUCGCGUCCAACUUCAAUCUGACCUCUUUUGACGUGUUGGCGAUGCAAAACCUAUGCGUCUACGAGCACACCAGCCUGGGUGGCUCCUCGUUCUGCUCCUUGUUCACCGAGCAAGAAUGGAAGGACUUUGCUUACAAUGUUGACAUCCAAUACUAUGGAAACUUCGCCUUUGGAUCCCCUACCGGUCGCGCCCAAGGCAUUGGCUAUGUUCUUGAGCUGGCGGCUCGACUGGAGGGUGAGCUGAUCCACUCGAGCGACACCAGCAUCAACUACACCUACGACAACAACGAGAAGACCUUCCCAUUCAACCAGCCAUUCUACAUGGAUAUGUCCCAUGACGACAUCAUCCUCUCCGUUAUCACGGCCCUGGGAUUGAAGCACUUCAACUACGGCCCGAAGGGACUGCCAAGUGAUGUGAACCACGCAGUAGCGAACAAAACCUUCUCAUUGAAUGACCUCACUCCGUUUGGCGCCCGAUUCAUGUCUGAGGUCUGGAGUUGUCCGAGCAAUACGUCCUUCCAGUCACUGGAUCCAAUCCUCUACGUGAACCCGAGGCUGGAGAAGAAGGAUACCAAGGAAUACAUUCGGUUUGUGUUGAACGAUGCCCCGUUGCCGUUGGAUGGUUUGGCUGGCUGCAAGAGCGCGAGCAAUGGGUUCUGCCCUCUGGAUGGGUUCUUGAGUGGCGUCGAUGAGUUGAAGAAGAACGCCCAGUACCAGCUCGCCUGUUUCGGCAAGUAUCCUAUCGGCGGACAGGUUGGCGAUGGAGUGCCCGAGGGCUCGCAGUAGGACUGAGUUUGAGCUCAAGAAGUCAAGAAAAGGGUUGUGAGGCUUGUUAUUCCAGCGUGUAUGAUAGUAUAGUUCUAUUCGAGGUGAAUGCUUGUGG